ACUUUCAUGUCAACGGUCUUUGUCAGGCUUCAUCUGAUGCCAUUACAGCUCAAUGGUGUGUUCGAUCUAGGCGCCCAUGACCACGUGAACUCUCAAACCAAUUAUGGCCCUAGGCAACGGCUUACGAUCAGGCUCAUCUUGUAUGCAGGGAUUUCUGCAAAUUGGUUAGGCUGCUUACAGAGGCUUAGAAUGACGUACUGAAACUUUGAGUUUAAUCAUUAGGAUCUUAAGCAAUCGUCCACCUUUCCAAGAGAACGCAACAUCACGAUUAGCCUAACCUGUGUUUUAGGGAGGAAAAAACUGGAAAAGUUGAGGAAAAAUUGCCUGGUGAAAGUUUAAAUUUCUGUCACAAUGGGAGAAGAGAUAGCUUUUGAGAAAUAACUUUACUGCACUGCUCCCAGUUACUCCUGGGUUCUUCAUCUCUGCUGUUUUUCUUGCGAUGGAUUACAGGCUGAGCUGAUUCCUAUUUUGCCUUUAGACCAGCCAGAGGAAACCCUGACAGCAAAGGGACCAAGAAACAGGAACUGCAGGUUGGUGUGUUCAACAACACCUUGGAGCUUCUGCUAUUCUAGAUCUUCAUUUUGAAUCUUUUCUUUACUGGCUGAGGACACAUUCCAGCUUCAACAAUGGCUUUGAUGUUGGUGAAGUUUGACAUGAAGAAGCGAGUGAAGCUCGCUCAGACAAUAUGGUUUCUGUACUGGUUCGCCGUAAUAGCUGGCGUGCUGGUCUUCAGCAUGGGGCUGUUCUUUAAGAUCGAGCUGCGAAAGCGCUCAGAACUUAUGGACAACAACGAGAGUCACUUCCUGCCCAACCUUCUUAUAUUAAUGGGUCUAAUAGCCUGUGGCGUCAACGCUUUUGGAGGCAAAGUCUGCUACGACUCCCUGGACCCUUCCAAGUUUAUUAAAUGGAAGCCCAUGUUGAAGCCCUUCUUGAUGUUCUGCGUGGGGUUCAACGCCCUGUUGUUUGUCACAGCCCUGCUGUGUUUUGUGAUGAGGAUCCCUCUGCAGUUCACUCUGGCUGAUGGGCUGAAGAACGGCAUGAAGUUCUACAAGGACACAGAUACACCGGGACGCUGCUACAUGAAGAGGAUGGACCUGAUGCAGAUGGAGUUCAGAUGUUGCGGAAACGAUAACUAUAGAGAUUGGUUUGAGAUUCAAUGGGUAAGCAACCGCUACCUGGAUUUCAGCGCAAAGGAAGUCAAAGACCGCAUUGGAAGCAACGUGGACGGCCAGUAUCUGAUGGAUGGAGUCCCGUUCAGCUGCUGUAACCCCAGCUCCCCCAGACCCUGUAUCCAGUUCCAGAUGACCAAUAACACUGCCCACUACAGCUACGACCACUACACGGAGGAACUCAACACAUGGAAGCGCGGCUGCCGUGAAGCCAUGGUAUCCUAUUAUGGAGGAUUGAUGAACACCAUCGGAGCCCUGGUCUUUUUGGUCACCUUGCUUGAGGUUGCUGUGACCAUCGGCCUGCAGUACAUCAACAGCUCGCUGUCCAGCCUAGUGAACCCGGAGGACCCAGAGAGCGAGAGCGAGGGCUGGAUCCUGGAGAAGACAGUAAAGGAGACGUUCACCGACAUCAUGGCCAACAUGAAGGCAAUGGGCAAAGGCGGCAAGGUGGAGGAGGAGGCGGAGGCAGGGGUGGCCACGGUGAGCUGAGCUAACCCCUUCCUGCAAAAACUGACAAAACUCCCACCUAAAGAGGAGAGGAAGGGGACGAGUGAGAUCAAAGCGUUUUUCUACCAACAUUCUUUAUGUAGACACUACCACACACAAACAUACUCAGCUAUGAACUCCUUUAAAGUGGACUCCUUUCAAAUGGAAUCCUUGCGUAAAAAAUUAUUUAUUCAUACAUAGAGAGGGAUAAGUUGUAGGGUGAGUAAUAUUGUAAUUUUACAUUUUGGUUUUUCCCCAACCAAUCAAAUCCAUCUGAGGUUCAAGCUCCGCUUCUCAAAAUUCUUUUAAAGAAAUGUUGGUUUCCAACACUCUGUGGGGUUUGGAUCUUUACAAAAUAUAAAUAAAUGUGAUAUGUAUUGAUAAAUGUCAGAUGCUUUGCAAUCACGAGUAAAAUAUGUAAUUUUUUCCAUUGUAAUGUCGUCGGAUAGUUUGGCGGGGAUGGUGGUUGCUAUGCAACCCCCCCUCUCAUGGAAAGAUGGAAGGUAUUUUACAGCCCAAAAACAUUUUAUUUUAUUGAUUUCUAGACUUUGGCUUUUAGCUGAUACUGUGUAAGAAACAAAUUAUAUCCACUCAGCUCUUUUUAUACUCCAGUCCGACUUUGUCCCAAAUGAAGACUGGAUAAGCUCCUGAGAUGGAGUAAAAUUAUCAAUUGAAUGAAUCGUUAUGAAUAAUGCAUGAAUGUUGCGGCACAUGGUCGAUAAGUGAGGCAUGGGAACUAGGAUGUGAGCGCUGUAGAGAGGCAGGGCCAACUCCAAACCUGUGGAGGGCGACUGAAAUUGGCAGCUAAAUCUUGGCUACUGACCCCUGCACUGUAAUCUCAAACCCUCUUUGGUGUGUCCCUUGUACAUUCAGUUUCUGUAUAUUAAGACACAUGUAUGUAAAUUCCAACAACCUGGGUUGCCGUCUUUGUACAUAGUGUAGAAAUGAUGAAAUAUAUUUACCUUUUUUUUUAAAAUAAUGUAAUUAAGCUUAAUCUUUUAUUGAAAUCCCUGUAAAGUUUUUUUUUUCCAUUUUUUUCUUGGCUUUGUGAGUUUCUGUAGAAUAAGAAUUGUAAAAAGGAAUAAAGGAUUUUAGAGAUGUUA